AGUUCGAUUUAUAAAUCACAAAGUGAUUUGUUGUUUAGUAAAAUGGCAAGCAGUGAACAAGAAAUUUUUCGAUUAAAUAAGAAAAUCAAGGAACUUCUCGCAUUCAGCGAAAAAACGUUCACACAAAACAAACAGCUCGAAACUGAGAACAAAAAACUGAAAGCCGACUUGGACAGGCUUGAAUCGGGCUUCACUCGAUCAUCGAAUCAGAAUUUUCAAUUCCGAUUCGAUCUGGAGAAGGCGACAUUGGAACGUGACAACAUUUUCGAGGCUCACCAGAAACAAAAGACUUUAUUGAGCGAAUUGAUGAAAAAGCACAACUCCCAAUUCAGACAGUUAAAAAAGCUCGAAGAAAUAAUUGCGAAAAAUCACGAUAAUUUGCUACCGUAUGCGGACAUAUUUGUAAAACGUAGACCAGUCACUAUGAUAGAGUCGAUUGCACAGUUGGGUAAUGACGGAUCAUUAAGUGAAAAAGUGAAGAGAUUAGAAGCUGAUAUAAAUGUACUUCAAGAAGAAUUGCAACGAUCGUACGAACUGAUUGAUCAACUGGAAUUCGAAAUUGAGGAGAUCGACUAUCUUGAAUCAGAAAACGAACGUCUACAAGAUGAACUGAACAAAUUACGUGCAUCAAUGAACGACAUUGACAAUCAAAAUCCGAGCCACAAUGACACCACCGUCUGCGAUGAAGAUGAAACCGAUUCACUUUCGUCGUCGCAUCAAGUAGUGCACGCAGAAAAACUGGUCUCUGACAAACAUACCAGAAGAAAUUUGUUGCAUAAAAAACUGGAAACUUUACACCAACACAAGAGGUGCUCUUUGGGAAAUACUGACAGCAAUUGAGCAUUGGUUUUAGAUUUUAUAUUGUCGAUAAAAAGUGGAAAAUAUAAAUUUUGAAUUAGUCAACUCGGAGGCAAA